AUGACGCAUGAUCUGUCGUCACGCAUCGAGUACUCGGAGAAGUACGUGGACGAUACUCACGAGUACCGACAUGUGAUUCUGCCGAAAGAGAUGCAGCGUCAAUUGCCGGAUCGUUUGCUGACAGAGACAGAGUGGCGUCAAUUGGGCGUCCAGCAGAGCCGCGGUUGGGUGCACUAUGCUAUUCACAAACCGGAGCCGCACAUUUUAUUGUUUCGACGUCCGCUGGGUACGGACCCGACGACUGGUCGCGUAGACCUUGAGAUGGAGAAGCAAGCCAAGCAAAAGUAUGCGCAAGAGUUCAACUGA